CCACGUUUGGAAACGUGCGCGCCUGGCUCUCGACAUACGCACACUGUUCGUCGGCGAAACGACGAAACGGGAUCGACGUAGUCCUUAGAACAAUGCCUGGGGCGGCAGAUCACAAGAACGGCAACCGAGACGACGACGGGACGCCGCCUUCUUUGGUGUCGGCGUUGAUUGAAGCCGAUUUGGCCCGCGUGUUUCGAUUCCUUUGCGGCUACGCUGCACGAGCCAAACUGCGGCGACUCGAGCGAGAGCUACACUUGAAAUCGCAAGUGAUGGCGUCGCAUGCCGCCAAUGCGACGACCAACGUGCCAGAAGCUUGGGGGGCGUUUGCAACGGACGCGUACGAAAUCAUGGAAGUACUUAGCGAAGGAGAAACUGAACAAGUGGAUGCAUUGCGGCGAGAGAUCUUGGCUGUGACGCGCGAUGUGGGCGCUGCCAAGGCUGACGGCCCAAUCACGUGCAACGACUUGUGCCAGUUGCUCAAAGACAUGAGCCUACCAUUGUCCAAGGUCGAAGUGGAGCACAUGAUAUGGGAAGUGGACGAAGACAUGGAUGGAUGCGUGAGCAUGGACGAAUUUAAGACCAUGUUUAGUCGAUGUGUGCAAGACCACCACGGCGUCGAACCCACGCAGCUGUACCAUCUCGUCCAGUUUUUAAUUUACGACCAGGAUUUCAACUUCAAACUCACAGUGGGGGAGAUCGCCCAGAGGUCCAACGUCCGCCACAACUCGGAAUUGCUUACACGGCAACUCUCAUCUCUAUUUGGCAAAGAAGCCCCCGAAAGUCUUGUGUCUUUGCCAACGUACUGGGCAGUGGUGAACACGACGAUUCCGAAUCUAUUCAAUUGAUGAUACCGGUAAAUACAGUACGUAGAACGUGAUCAAAAUUGACCCGAGGGCGUUAUCGCUGUUAUUAAUACAUGUUAUAAUUUAGAAAUCGUUGGC